UUUCACAAAUCUCUCCUUCGGAUGCAUCUAAUAAAUAUUGUAAUAUACGAUAUUCAGAAAGAAAAACAGCAAUUUCUGGAAUACUUGUUUUUGGGCUACAAUUUGAUCUUAGUAAUUCUUCGCAUAGAAAUAAAAUUAAAAAAGCGAGUGAAAGUUUAUUCAAUAAUUUUGAGAAAAAAAAAUUAAAAAUUUGGCAUUCAGUAGAUAAUUCUAAACUCAAAGAAUUAGUAUUAGAAGUAGACGAACAACCAUGGUUAAUAAAGUUUGAAGAAGAUCGACAAUUAGAAGAGAAAAAAGCACAAAAAAUCGUUCAAAUAAUGGAUCAAUCUAAUAUUUCAAGAAGGGGAUAUAGAGCUUUGACAACUGCUUCACAGGAUUUGCCAAAAGAAUAG